UUAAAUUACGGCAUGGAAUCAAACCGCAUGGUGGGGGUUGAAUGGCUUUGGUGUAGGUACAUCCACUAUAAUUCGGGACCUUGUUCCUUCUCGCUUCGUCUACUUUACGAGGUACGGAUAAGAGGGAGGGAAGGCUGAAAUGUGUCGGGACCCGAGCUACAUAUACUAAACGAGCUUAGCCUGUAAGUGGCUAGGUACAUACUGGGUUCUACCUGUAGGUUCUACCUGCCUAGCAUUACAAUCGGGUACUAUCUAUACACUAUAAUCAUUAUCUUUGGGAGGCUUUUUCUUUUGCAAGCAUGUACCACUGCAUAUAUAAAAUACCUAUCUUGUGAUCGGAUCGGAUCGCGAUAUCGAAUUAGAAAUGGAAGUGCAAGACUCCUCACACAAGGUCAGAGUGAAAUCAUAUUGUUACAAUGGCUCCCGCUACAGUUACGAUUGCCAACGGCGCGAAAUGGCAGGACGUAGCAGCGGAUCGGCAACGACAUAGAGAUGCAACUAUUGCGGAGGUCCGCCCGCCCGUGCCGGAACCGGAAACCCUGCCUCUCAACAGUACAAAAACUCCGGCGGAGUUACUAACCAAGGAAGAAGUCGAAAUCACGAGUGUAAACGUCGAGGAUCUAGUCAAAAAGAUAGCCUCGGGCGAAUGGACUUCAACGGCUGUCAUCAAUGCAUUCUUGCGUCGAGCUGGCCUCGCUCAGAAGCUUACCAACUGCAUCACAGAACUGCUCCCUAAACGAGCCUUAGGUAGGGCAGCUGAGCUCGAUCAGUACUUCGCUACCCACAAGAAGCCGAUUGGGCCACUCCACGGUGUCCCGAUCAGUACCAAAGAGCUCUUCGGUUUGAAGGGUGAGGAUAUAAAUGCGUCCUAUGUGAGCUGGGUUGGCAAGACAGUCGACGAGGAUGCCUUGAUUGUGCAAUGUUUGCUGGAUGCCGGGGCAGUAGUCUACGCGAGAACUACACAGCCGCAGACUUUAAUGGCAGUUGAAGCGCACAGUAACCUAUAUGGAGUCACCGUGAACCCCUAUAACCGAACUUUGACAUCUGGCGGGUCAUCCGGCGGAGAAGGUGCAUUGAUUGGGAUAAGAGGCUCGAUUCUUGGGAUAGGGAGUGACAUCGGUGGAUCCAUCCGUGUCCCAGCAGCCAACAAUGGCCUUUUCGGGUACAAGCCGACGACUUCACGUCUCCCAACCCUCGGAUCAUAUGCUCCUAUGGCUUACGCAGAAUCCAUUGCGGUAUCUCCCGGUCCUCUAUCAACAAGUCUCAAGGGCCUAGAGCUCUUUACCAAGGUUGUCCUGGACCGAAAGCCGUGGUACAAGCAGCCAAGUUUAGUCGCUUUCGACUGGAGGGACCCAGCAACGUUCUUCCCGGAUAGGAAGAUUCGCGUUGGUGUUUUCUCCCACGAUGGCGUCGUAAGACCACAUCCGCCUAUUUUGAGGGGAAUUGCCGAGCUCGUCGAGAAAUUAAAGAAGAGUCCUAAUGUCGAAGUUGUCGAGUGGAAGCCGUGGAAGCACGACCUUGCCUGGGCUACCAUAGCGGCUCUCUACUACGCUGAUGGCGGUGCCGAAGUUAAAGCUGCGGUUAAUGCAUCUGGCGAGCCAUGGUUACCCCUGACCAAAUUCAUCCUUCUUGAUAACCCCCACGUUAAAGAACACACCAUCGCCUCGCUCUGGUCUGCCGUCGGCGCCCGCGACGCCUACCGCCAGGAAUACGCCAAACUGUGGAGCGAGACAGCCGCUACAGAUCCGAAGGGCAAGAACAGACCCUUCGACAUCAUUAUCUCGCCCGUAGGCCCUGGUGUCGCGCCCAAGCACGGCACUGCGAGAUACUGGGGCUACGCUAGUCAAUGGAAUUUGCUCGACUACCCAGGCAUUAUAUUCCCGGUCGCGGAUGCGGUUGGCGCCCCAGAGAGGGAGGAGCCGUAUGCAUAUCCGGCGGAUUAUCAGCCUUUGGGCGAGUCGGAUAAGUACUUUUAUGAUCUUUGGAAGGAGCACGGCGCGGCCGGGUAUAAAGAUGCGCCGAUUGCGCUGCAAGCUGUUGCCAGGAGAUUCGAGGAUGAGAAGCUGUUUAGAGCUGUACAGAUCGUGCUGGAGGAGGCUGGGUUGCCAGCUGUGGUUCCUGCGUAAGAGAUGGCUCUUGACUCAUCAGAAGUUCUGUGCUAAAGAUUGAAAUGCUCGCCAACAACGAAGUACUUGUUAGUUUGGAAGUCUGUUAUGUCCUAGAUAAUUCCGUAUUAUAAAGUAUAUCCUAGCCUAUCUUUAACUCGCGUUCUCAGUGGACGAAAUGGUAGUUGCGUGAAGGGUGCGUUUUUUGCCGAGAAUUUUUAGAAGCACGAGUUGUGUAGCCUAGACUAUCGCAUUUCUGCGUCUUGGUUUUAUCUCCGCCACCCCUUGAAGAGAUUUGAGACAUGUGGCUAGACGGAGACAAGAACUGUGCUGUUAUAGCGUAUCAGGUAGCAGCCAGCUAUGCAGACGUCGCAAUGCCCCU